UUUCCACACACAUAAUCAUGGUCAACUAUUACCAAGCAUUAAAUUCCCCAUAUUUCAACGUUGGUUCCUUCUUAUUCUUUCAGCAACUUGGAAGAUUUAUAAACCUCGAAAACUACGCAUAUUCUCUCAGAAUUUUAUAUCUUACUGCUCAAGUUACUAUUCUUGUUCUUAACUACUACUUGAUCCAUAAGAUCAAGCAAAAAAAAUGAUCAAACAGUGCUAAAGUAUGUUGAACCUGCCUCUCAAAGCUGGGACGGGAGCGAAACUCCUGAUCAAUUGGUGAAUACAACUGUCAUGGACUAUGAUAUAGCAGAGGUAAAUAAGACCAUUAAGCAGUCUGCAUUUGGUAUCUUGAUGAUCGCAUUCUUGCAUUUCAAGUUUGGCUUUAUUCAACCAUUGUUGGUUCAAUCUAUUCUUGGCUUUAAAACCUUUUUCAUGACAAAAGAAGCCCGUAUUCAUUUUUGGGGUUCUCAACCUACUGGUGACUUAAGACGUCCUUUCAGAAUUGAAGCUCCUUUUGGCAUGGUGAAUGAAAAGAAGCAGCCCAAGACUGAUAAAGGUUCUAUCAAGAAGGCUGAAAAGGCUUUGAAAGCUGAAUAAAAAAAUAAAUAAAAAGACGCGUUUUUUAAAUUUU